GUGGUAAAUAAAUUACAGAUUGUGGAUGGAUUUGAAUUACAGCAGCUGUUUCUUUCUACCCCUGCUGCCAGAAACCCCAUUUCAAUGAUGUUCACUCUAAAACCGAUACGCCGCGGCUGCAGAGGCCAUCAUGGUCCUGCUCCUGACGCUCCCGGGCCUCGACGGCCUCCGCAAGGGCCUCGUCGCCGUCACCCGCAAUCUCCUGAAACCGUUUCUGUCGGUGGUGCCGUUUUGCCUCUUCUUGCUGAUGGACAUCUACUGGAAGUACGAGACUCGGCCGAGUUGCGAGGGCGACUCGUGCACUCCCUCCGAGCACCUCCGCCACCAGAAGUCGAUCAUGAAGAGCCAGCGCAAUGCGCUCUUGAUCGCCGCCGCCUUGAUCUUCUACUGGCUUCUCUACACCGUCACCCACCUCGUCAUCCGCAUCGAGCAUUUGAACCAGCGCGUCGAACGCUUGAAGAAUCGCGACUGAGUCCACUCGAUAAGUUUUUAGUUGCUGUUAGAUCUUAG